AUGUUUGAUGAACUAACUCCAGAGCAAAAAAAAAUACUUUUGCAAGCCUGGAAAGAGUUAGAUGAAUGUUUUAAAAGAAACAAUCAUGAUAUAAAACAGCUUCCUCACACGGAUGAGGAAAGAAAAAAUUACUUUAAAGAUUUUACGGAAGAAGAAUGGAAAGCUUUUUCCGAACUAAAAAUAAGAGAAGGUUCAAAUUUGGUAAACGUUAUACACCAAAUAGAAAAGUUCAAUAAAAAAUUUGGUGUAAUAACUAAGGAAAUAACUUUUAAAUUUAAGGACUUUGACGAUGAAAAGGAAUCUUUGUUUGACCACUUGAAUAAGUGUUUCAAAAAAUUAAUUAUGAUUGUAACACAAGGUCGUGACAAACAGGAUUUAAUUGGACUCAAAAUAGCUAUUCCAAGCAUGGAAAAUACAAAACCCAUCGGUUUGAGUUUUAGAAAAAUUGAAACUUUAGAUUCCAAUUCCAUUUUAGAUUUGUUUUCAUCGGUUUCCCAAUCAAAUACCAAUUACAUGAUUACCGAUUUAUUAAAAAUAUCCGCUACAAUUGUGCAAGUACCAUCAGGAAAGGGGCAUCAAUCAAGAAAAAUUUGUUGUAUAGCACAUAAUUUCAAAAGUUAUGAUGGGCAAUUUAUUGUAAGUGAACUUUUACAAAGAAAUAAGCCAGUACCGAUUAUGGGAGGAAAUAAAAUUUUGAAAGUAACUUUUAACCACAAUAUUAUUUUUAUAGAUUCCCUUAAUUUCUUACCAAUACCUUUGUCCAAAUUUACUUCAGCUUUUGGUCUUGAUAAAAAUGAGGUUAAAGGUUAUUAUCCUUAUUUAUUUAACACGAAAGCAAACUAUAAUUAUGUUGGAGAAAUUCCAAGCACUGAAAUGUUUGCUUUGAAUAAUUUUAACUCACAUGAGCUAGAAAAAUUUUAUUUAUGGUACAACAACUUGAAGAAAUCAAAUUAUGUUUACAAUUACAGAGAAGAGUUAAUAAAAUAUUGCAUCCAAGAUGUAAAUGUAUUACGUCAGGGAUGCUUAAAAUUUAUGAAUGAUUACCUUCAAUUAUUGAAUAUUAACCCUUUCUUUGAAACCUUUACUUUAGCACAAGCUUGUUUGACUGCAUACCAAAAACAUUUUCUAAAAGAAAACACCUUAGGUGUAACUCCCAUUAACAAUUAUAGUAAAAAAAAAAAUCAAUCUUUAAUUGGCCUAAUGCGGCUUGAAUUCAAAAAUCAAGCUAGCUGUGGUAAAAUUAAAUAUGAAUAUGAUUUACCAGAUUGCAACUUUACAGUAGACGGCUUUAAUCCAAACACAAAUACGGUUUAUGAAUUUUUAGGAUGCUUUUACCAUGGAUGCGAAGACUGUUUCUUCGAUAGAAAUUUAGUUGUCCAUGGGUAUAAAAUGCAGGCUAGGUUUGAAAAUGCUAUGUGCAAAAUAGCAGUUUUAAAACAAAGUGGAUAUAAUGUGUGCUGUGAAUGGGAAUGUGCUAUUUUUGGAGGUCGCACCGAAGUAUUUAAAUUAUACUAUAAAAUCCAAGCAAAUGAAAAAAUUUGCUACUAUGACUUCACUUCCCUCUACCCAUAUGUAAACAAAAAUUGUAAAUAUCCAAUAUUACAUCCUAAAAUUUAUAAUUCUCAAGAAUGUUUACAAUUUGAAAAUGAUAUCAGUAAAAUAGACGGUUUAAUUAAAUGUGCGGUUCUACCACCGCAAAACUUAUGGCUGCCAAUCUUACCAAUCCGCGCUAACAACAAAAUGUUGAUGGUUUUAUGUCGCUCAUGCGCGGAAAUGGAAAAUGUGUUGUAUAAAUGUACUCACAACGAUAAAGAAAGAAUGCUUUUUGGCACAUGGACGAAUAUGGAAUUAAAAUUAAGUGUGAAAUACGGGUACACAAUAAUAGAAAUACAUGAAAUUUGGCAUUAUGAUUGCGAAACUUAUGAUUCAAUAUCUAAAACAGGUGGACUUUUUACUGACUACAUGAAUUUUUUUAUAAAAUACAAGACUGAGGGUUCUGGUUAUCCAACUGGUAUACAAACUAAAUCUGAACAAGACGCAUACAUAAAGGAUUUUUUUGAAAAUGAAGGUGUGAUGUUAGAUAAAUCAAAAAUUGCUCUCAAUCCUUCACUGCGAAAUCUGGCGAAACUAAAAUUAAAUUCAUUUUGGGGAAAACUAAUACAACGAAAUGACCGUCAUUCAACAACUGUUGUACAAACCAUCACACAAUUUCAUAAUUUAAUACAUUCAAGCGGUAUAUCAGUAUCGGACAUAUUUACUGCCAGCGAGCACCAGGUGUGGAUCAACUGGAAAUACAAUUAUCCUGAAUUGAAUCCCGUUCUCAAAAAUCAAUGUUUAAUAGUUGGAGCCUUUACGACAGCGCAUGCUCGAUGCUUAUUGUAUAAUGAAAUAACCAAAAUUGGAAAAAAUCUUUUGUAUUGCGAUACGGAUUCUAUGAUUUUUGUUCAGCAUACUGAUAAUGAGUAUGACUUAAAGACAGGUACUUUAAUUGGAGAUUUAACUAACGAAUUUACAUCAUACGGAAAGAAUGUUUACGGCACAGAAUUUGUAUCAACAGGACCCAAAAGUUAUUCAUAUCGUUAUUAUAACCCGGACACUGACAAAUACGGAGAAGUUGUUAAAUGUAAAGGAAUAACAAGUAAUAAAAAUGGAACAUCACUAAAUUUUGAGCACAUGAAACAAAUAGUUACCGAUCCUUUUGGAAGCAAUAAUUUGUAUUUCGUAACACCAAACAAAAUUAAGCGUAAGAAACAUUUUCACGUUACUUCAGAAGAUGAAAAGAAAAAAUUUGGCUUUACAUUUACGAAACGUGCUUGCCGUGAUAAUUUUGAAACAAUUCCUUAUGGUUUCUUAAACAGUUAA